UGAGUAGCUUCUCCUAGCAGACGCAGGCUCGAAAGGAGCGACCAUGAAGGCCUUCUUCGUCAUCGCCAUCGCUCUGGUGCUUGCCGUCCAGUGCAGCUUUGCCGAACAGAAAGUCGAGCCCGUGGAAAACGUCAGCCAACUUCGCGCACUCUACCCGAAACCAUGGCUUCCACGGCCAUGGCCCUACCCCAGGCCUUACCCAUUUCCUCGGCCAUGGCCACACCCUUGGCCUCAGCCCUGGCUUUUGCAGGAACCAAGGGUGUCCAUGCUAAAAGACCUGCCGGAAGCGGAGAUUUCCACCGAUGCGCAUACCAAGACGAGGCAACGCCGAGCCACUAUUCACUGGCCGCGACCCUUGCCCGAGCCGUGGCCCCAGCCCUGGCCACAACCGUGGCCCCAGCCUUGGCCUCAUCCAUUCCCUAUUCCUGAGCCCAACCCCUGGCCCAUUCCUUACCCGAGAGGCAGGGUCUGAUUGGAUCGAAAAUCAGAUGGACAUCAUAAAUUCGAAUAAAGCCGACUUCAUCGUUUUCUUUUUGAAA